UUAGGAUUACCUUGUUUAACACCUAAAGAUUCGUAUAAAUCAAGUUUGAUUCAUUGUGAUUUUGUUCAAUUACUUUGGUCAUUGAAUCCGACUUCUAAAGAUUCUAAUCAACAGUUAAGACAACAUGUUAAGAAAGUGAUUCGAUUAGGGAUGGUCGUUAGUCAAGAAUGUCAGGUUAAAGCGGUUGAAAGAUCGUAUUUUUUUUCAUCUAAUGAGAAGUUAUCUAAACUUAAACCUACUUAUGCUCAUUUAACACCUAUGGUCGAACGAGAUGGACAAACAGUUGCUUAUGUUUGUGUGUUUGGUUAAAAGUUUAAAGCAUGAAUGAAAGAAAGAAAAACAAUAAGUAAUCCUUUGACAUUGGUUUUGGUCUCUUUUUCUUUCCCUUUCUCUGUCUCUCUGUUUUGAUCUUUUUGUUUUUGUUUUUGUUUUCUUUUCGUUCAUUGCAGUUUUUGUGGGUUUGUUUUUGUGAUUCAUUGAUUUUUUCUCUUUUUUUUUUGAAAACGUUUUACUUGAUCUUCAUUCAUUUCUCUUUUUUUUCCAUUUUCUUUCUAUUCUCUCUUUAUUAUUAUGAUAAUUAUUAGUGGUAUAUAUACAAAUGCAAAACAAAAAGUCGGUUUAUGUUCUUUUUUUUUUGUAAAGUUUUUUUCAAGAAUUGGAUUUUCUUUUUCUC